AUGACGUCCUCACCCCUCGCGCGCCCCACCCACCGCGUGUCCCUCUGGUCCCUCUCGUGUCUGACGAUUCUGCUGUCGCUCUCGACGGCCCAAGCGACAGCAACGCGCCUCCCCCUCGACCUCGAGCCCGAGACCUUUUGGACGUUGUCCACAACGACCCAAUCGAUUGCGCAGGACGCGGUCCAAUUCAGGACCCACGUGCUGAAUCACGUGCCCGACCUCGUUCCAGUGGACGUGCAGUGCGACAAAGUCACGCGCUGCGACCGCACUGGCGUGUGCGCUAUCGUGUGUCGUCGUGGCUCCGUGCAGCUCGACGGAUGGCUACAAAAGGCCCUUCGGCUGCAACGGACACUGGCGUACCGGCGCCACUUUUGCGCAGCGACGUUGCCGGGUACACACAACUCGGCCAUCAAUCUCGCAGAUGGCUACGGCGUGGAAGACCACGUUUUUGAAGGCUACUUGCGCUACUUUGCGUGGUUCAAGCCAGGCAUGCAAGUGCAUACGAACGACCAGCUCUUUUCGCUCACGGAUCAGCUGCACAUGGGCGUGCGGUUCAUUGAGCUCGACGUGCAUUGGUGCAAUGGGGACCUACGCAUUGCGCAUUGUGGAGGCUUUCGGUCCAAGUUGCUGGACGGACUGAUCAACGUGUUCAACGAGAUUGCCAAGAUUCUCGGCACUGGCAUCGAGUGGGACUCGGAGACAAUUGGGUGCAAGCCGAGUUUGAGUAGCAUUCCGUCCAAGGAGCAACGGCCGCUCAAGGAAGCGCUGCAGGAAGUAGCGGCGUGGUUGCAUGCGCCGGAACACGCAGAGGAGUUCUUGAUGGUGUUCUUCGAUGACGAGACUGACCUGAUGAAGUGGCACAAGGUGGGCAAGCUGCUGGAGUAUUUGAAAGCGUACUUCUCAGAAGACGAGAUCCUGCGACCAAUUGAGCUGACCUACGACACGAGAUGGCCGACGCUGGAAGAGCUAAUCCAGGCUGGGAAGCGCGUGCUAUUUAUGAGUGGUGCGGACUACCUCACGCUCGGAGAGGAGAUCUUGUUUGUGAAGGACGAUAUCUGCAACUGGCAAGAGCCGCCACUGCCUCUUGUCCCGUUUCCAGCAUGCCGGUUCAACCGAUCAACGGCUGACAUUGGGAUACCUGACGAUGAGUUUACUAUCUUUCGCCCUGAAACGAGCGAGAUCCAGUACGGAUUUCUCAAUGCAGCCGGCCAAUUUGGUCCCAACAAGAACUUGCUCGAUGAGGAAUCUCUUCCGGGCGUGACUGACUGCGGCGUAAAUUUGGCAUCACCAGACAAUGUCACUCCAAAGCGUAUGGAGGCUACAAUUUGGGCGGUUCCGAACGGACACGAGCUCGACCCUACUAUGUGUGUUGCACUUAUGCGCGCGACAAAGACCUGGCAGAGCGUUGAUUGUCAAACUGCCAACAUGGUGUCAGCAUGUGUUGAUGUGGAAAACCCACGCUUCUGGCAGCUUGGGCUUGUGUCGGUCAUUGAAGCCGACGCUGUCGACGCCUGUGGUGCUCACGCGUCGCGAACAAUGGCGUAUUCCGUCCCAUCGUCGGGAUACGAGAAUGGACUUUUGUACGACCAGCUGAUUGAGCAUGCACCCAGCUCAAUUGCGGGCGUGUGGUUGAAUGCGAAGACCAUUGUCGCUAAGGUGUAUGCUGCAGAUCGUGAUCAGGCUGCUGCCCUUCUUGGUCAGUACGCCAACGAACUCACAAAGGGCGGCGUAAUGGCCGUGGAGUAA